AUGACUAAUCUGUCAUGUGUGCUGACUACUCAUGCAAAUGCGUGGAGGGUACCAGUGUUUACAAAUGAUAGAGUGGCAUCCACAUUGAAGUACUACAAUGGUGCCAUACUGCUACAUCAAGAAGGUUCAGUGGAUAUUGGUGAAACAUACUUUGGAGCACAACGAACUGGUCCCUUCCAGAUUGGUUACCCAAUGAACACCUUGACUCCAUUCUGGCCUUUACCGCCUUCAAUGAUACAUGAUCCAUACCUCACACAGUUGUAUCCAGAACAAGACUUGAACAAGAUUGAGAUGAUCGUUGACGACACUACAUUCAGUCCUCAAAGAUUCCAAGCAACAUAUCAACUAUCACAAAGGACCAAUGACUACAUUAUCAACUACAACAACCUGCUCACUCUAUCCCAAGCCAGGUUACAAUUCACUGGUGUAUUCAUUGACAUUGAUGGAAAUGUGUUGGAUGAUGUCUUAGACUUGGAGUUCGGUGAAUUCAAUCAAUCGUGUGAUUACAACAAGUAUGAUGGUAUAGUUGAUCAGAUCAUCAGUUUGUCAUGA